AUGAAAAAAGCUUGUUGAGUGAGCUUGAGGAUUUUAAUAGUAACAAGAAUAUUUUAUAAAUUGAACGCUAAAAGAUUUAUAAACGCAUGGGUUUAAUUAACAAUCUACCUACGUUUACUAUACUUAAGUGACACAUUGUUAUAAAAGUCAGUAGUCUUUUUAUGAUGAGAUUUUAGGCAAGUUCGUACUAUGCCUAAUUCAUCAUCAAGCAGCAAGAAUUACAACAAAAAGAGCAGUAGUUCCCGUGACAGAAACAAGUCCGUAGCAUCGGAAUCUGGUGGUUCUAGUCAGUGUGAUACACCACCGCUUGUAGAGAAGGAUGGAACUACAUCACAAGGAAGAUAUGCUGGAAUCGGUCCAGAGUCAGUUCUAUGCAUGGCAGAGCAAGUUGGAGCAGAAAUAAAUACAGAGGCCGCUACUAGUCUGGCGGAAGAUGUGAGCUACAAGCUUCGACAAACUAUUAGUGCAAUUUCAUUGCAAAGUGAAAUGUUGAAGAAGUCCCGUUUGGAUUGUUGGGAUGUAAACUCUGCACUUACAUUAUCUGAUUCAAGCCCAGUUGUAGGAACCACUACCUCACAAUACGCUGUUAUUGGUGAAGAGAAGAUUUGCGUCCAAUUAGAAAACUUAAUAAAUGUAACAGAUAUAGCGCUGAAGAGUCAAUCCUACACAUACUAUACACUACCUACAUAUACGUUGGAAUGGAUCACUGACGACAAGAGUCUUAGUAAUAACAAUAUCAGCGUUCAUCUACAGAAUUACUACACUAGAGUGGCUAGAGCAAUUCUGAAUCUCAAAAGAAAACCAAAAGAGGUAGCCGUGGAAGACCUGACCACAAACACAAGAAUUGGUCCGAUAUUCCCCAAUCUGUUCAACUUGGCUGUUUUAGUGCUGAAUGACGAUAAUCUGAACGCCCUCAAUGUUCCCAAUAAGAAGCCAUUGCAGGCCAAUGUGUUAGAUAUGGUGGACGCCCUCUGCUCCAACCCUUGCAGCUUAGAUACAAAUAUACAGCAACAGUUUCAGAGACUGUUUCCAGUAAUGGUGUCAAAUAUACUCGGAAAUGGUUCACUUGCAGAGAAAAUGGUUGCUAUACUAACAAAAAUCACAAGGACUUGGCCAUCUUUUAUAUCAAUAGGAAAAGGCAUCCUAUUCGACUAUUUAUCACAAGGUACGAAGGAGCGGCUCACAGCGCCGAUGAUCAAAUGCGUAUUGGCUUUGGGACGCCAAGCGCUGGUAGAAUGUUUAGGAGACCACUUGGAGCACAUAGACCUGUGUAUGAACUUGCCGAGGCGGAAUCAUUUGCAGUGUGAUUUGAGAGAAAGUAUAUUGGACGCAUCAACCUGUCUCCUAAAACCGGAACCAACCACCUACCUCGAAGACUAUGUGAUGACUGAUUAUACCCUUUAUGAAAUGCUGGGCGAUUCUAUAAUGCCACGCCGGAAAUUAUACCGCGAAACAGAUAACCGUCAAAGGGAAGAUUCUGUUCCCGAAAAGACGCCCGACGAAGAGUACUACGCGCCUCGGCCCUUCAUAAGGCGGUCUAAAGUCAGGCUCAUACCCGCUAUCACCUCAAACAAGAUUAGGCCUAACAGAGACGCAGUAUUUGAAGCAACUAGAUUUAGUAAUAAGCCAAAACCUAUUAGAAUAAAAAUAAAAAAUUGUAGAUUGUUAGACGUCGCCAAGAAAAAAAUCGAAAUGCCUCAUGUACCUUUCACGUGUCGAGCUACAAAUGUAGCAGUGGCUAGUGGACUGUUAAAUAGAUUUAGGUAUAGAUUAAGGAGUAAAACGAACGCGUUUCCUGUAAUUGGAACGUUUGUUUUGUAAGUCCUCGAUAGGAAUUGAAAUAA